UUUAGCUUCCUCUCAUAAAAUAAUAAAUACACCUUUACUUCAAUUUUCCGCAACUCUCACUAAAAUUCUUUAUUACUUUUUGUUAUAUCUGACUCACGCCAUAAAGUUCUUUUAUAUCGCCAUUUAAAAAGAUUUCAAUAUAGCACGAAUAUAUAAAUCUUCAUUUAAUCUUUUUUUAGUAUUAAAGUAAAUAGUAAAACAUGUACAUCCCGUUAGAAGUCACUUUCUUGCAAGAUUUAUGACAAUUGUUCAUCACUUUACAGACAAAUACGGUUAUAUCAAACCGCAAACAACGCCGCCAAUCGCCAAUUUCAAAGUUCGUUAAACCAAGAUUUAUGUUAUAUACUUGGGUUUUAUCUUCUAACUUGCCAAAUAGGAAAAAUGAGUGGAUGAGUGUGUGUUUAGCCUUCUAAAGAGAAACUAACAGAAAUCGGCAGUAAACUCAAACAAAUUGGUUAUUCGAAUUUUUAUUCAAUUAUAAAUUAAUUAAUUUUCAAAUAUUAACUGUCAUAACAAAAAUGUCAACAAAUCUUAAUCGAAAAUAUGGGCCAUUAUUUCUCUAUUUUAUAUCGUCGUUUCGGGAAAAAAAGAGUAAAUAUGCGAAUAUUAAUGGUGGGUUUAGAUUGUGCCGGAAAAACGACGAUUCUUUAUAGAAUGCGUUUAGGAAAGGUCGUAACGUCAGUGCCCACAAUCGGAUUCAAUAUAGAAACGGUGGAAUUUAAGAAUAUCUGCUUCAUCGUGUGGGACGUGGGUGGACAAGAGAAAAUCCGUAGAUUGUGGAGGCACUAUUACGAAAACACGCAAGGUGUAAUUUUCGUCGUCGACGGCGCCGAUAGGAAUAGAAUAAAAGAGGCUGAAAAGGAGCUUCAAAAUAUGAUACAAGAAACUGAAUUGCGUGAUGCUGCCGUUUUAGUUUUCGCAAACAAACAAGAUUUACCCAACGCGAUAAAACCAGUUGAUUUAGCGAAUGAUUUAAAAUUGUAUACUUUACAUAAUAGAAGAUGGCACGUUCAAGCUUCUUCGGCUUUAGAAGGAAGCGGGUUACUUGAAGGUUUAAGUUGGCUUUCAAGACAAAUUCGUUCAAAAAAAAAUUAAUUAAUAAUUUCUGUUUUACGAUUUAUUAAAUAAGAAAUUUUAAAUAAAUUGAUUCCCAAUUAAACGAAACUAUCUUAGGAAAUUACUUCGAUAACGAAUUUCUACCGAUUGAUAGUAGAAACGCUUUAAAUGGAAGUGCAAUCAAGUUUCCUGUAAAGUUUAUUACUUUUCGAGGAGAUUGAAUUAAUCUUUAUGUGCGUAUAUUUAAGUGAAAUUGAUUUAGGCAGAAGUUAUAAACUAAAAAGUGGCAACAUUUAUAACUAUAUGGGAAUUAUUACUGGUAAAAUCUUUCAAUGUUGGGGAAUGUUAUCUGCUUUUUACGUGCCAAUUAAGUAAAAGUCGCUUCGUAACUUUGUUGUGAACGGGUUUAUAGCGGAAUGUAUCUUACAUGUAUAAAUUUAAUAAUCUGACAGGAAGUAAAUUAAAAAGUUUAUGUUAAGUAAUUUAAAGAAUACAA